AUGUGGCCUACCACUUGCGUAGGGCACCAGCGAUGUGCAAGGCGGCUGGAACUCCUUCCAGACGGAUUUCCCACCUAUGCUGCACUCGUGUCUGCGUGGCAUACAUAUCUCACAGAGGAUCGAGCCCGCACCUCUGGUAGUUUGUACAGCGAAGUCACCGAGAGAUGCAGAGCAUCCGAAUUCUCGCGCGCAAUUCUUGACACAGCCUCUCUAGCAAUUCAGGCGCGCGACGCGCUCAUCGAAGCGAUCGAUGGCAAGGUCAUCGAUCUGUCCAGUAUAGGCCGGAACGACGUAAAGGUCGUGUUUUACUUCGACGGGGCAGACGACACUCUUUUCAAAGCAAGGCACCUCAACAGCGGAAUACACCUUCACCCCUUCUGCACGUGCCUCGCCCGUAUCUCAGUCUCCGCUCUGCUCACGGUCUUUCUUUCGACGGACGCGGACAUCGCGCCAUUGCCCCCUGUGAGCGGGCCAUUCAUUGCUGGGUCGUUCCGGCAGGCCCCGAUUACGGAGACGCCUUUCGACUGCUCGCCCGCGUUCCCUCUUCGCGCGGCCACGCUGACACUCCAGGACAUCACGUCGCUUCACUUCCUUGCGCAGUUCGGGCGCCCUCUGUUCUGGACUCUACUAGGUACCGGUAUUCUGUCCGGCAGGAUCGUGAGUGUGUUACAUCUGGCUACCCCUCCGAGCCGUUACUAG